AUGGGUGGAAAAAUAGAUAACGAUAUCAAUUCAGGAAAUGGUCCUUUUACUUUUCGUAUGCAUGGUCAGAAUUACCACAAAAUUGGAUCACUGCUACCAGUUGAAGGAGAUCUUCCACGUUUUGCACAGCUAUAUGUAUAUGAUACUGCUCAUGAAGUUCAAAACCGUCUCAAUGCACUUGCCAAAGGAAAAAAUAAUGAGUUAGAUGAAGGAAUUCUGAGUGGAUUGAUAAAAAUGCUUGAUGAAUAUAAUGACUUAGCUAAAGUGUUCAGAAUAGCUAGAGAUAGAUACGAAUCUGGAUCUAAAGAAGUAUUUUCCAUUAGGCUAUUGAAAAAUAAAGAACGUGGCAGACAAUUUGACCUUCCACAAGGAGACGAGAUUGCUGGACUUAUUGUGGGUGACAUGUUUAUCCCUAAUUCUGACAGAGAUAUUAUAGUGCAACCUAGGAAGGACAAACCACAGUACAUCAGUUUUUUGCAUCCAUCAUACAUGUCACUACAAUACCCUUUGUUGUUUCCAUAUGGUGAACAAGGUUAUAUUGAGAAAACUAUUCCAUAUAGCUCAGAAGGAAAUGCUACUAAGAGGUCAUAUGUUACAAUGCGAGAGUAUUAUGCAUAUCAAAUACAUACCAGGUUAACAUCUCCAGGAACAAUAGUCCGUUCAGACCGUCUUUUCCACCAAUAUGUGGUUGAUGCAUAUACUGCUAUUGAACAAGAACGUAUGGACUUUUAUCAGUUCAAUCAGAAAAAACUUAGAGCUGAUUUGUACAAUAAUGUAUGUGAUGCAAUUGUACAAGGGGAUGCAGAUUCAAAAAAAUUAGGCAAUAGAAUAAUUCUACCAUCUUCCUUCAUAGGCGGCUCGAGAUACAUGGUAGAAAAUUAUCGAGAUGCAAUGGCACUAUGCAGAUGGUAUGGAAAUCUAGACCUUUUCAUUACAAUAACUGCAAAUCCAAAGUGGGAAGAAGUGAUUGAUCAUAUUAAAAUGGCUGGUAACGAGAAUGCAUAUGAUAGACCUAACAUUGAAUGUCGUGUAUUUAAAAUGAAAUUAGAAAAACUUUUUAAGGAUCUACAAGAUGGUGUCUUCUUCGGUCCUAUCACAGCAGAUAAAGAAGAAGAUCCAGAGGGUUUCCUAUUGGUUGAACAACAAAUGAUGCAUGGACCAUGCGGGCCAAAGUGUAUGGAUGAUAACAAGUGCACCAAAAAAUUUCCAAGACCAUACAAUGACAGCACAAGUAUCAGUGAAGCUGGCUAUAUUACUUACCGUAGGAGAUUUGAUGAAACAAAAUUCGUCAUGAAAGGCAACACAAUGCUUGAUAAUCGCUACGUUGUGCCUCACAAUCUUGCCCUCCUAAAAAAAUACAAAGCUCACAUCAACGUAGAAUGGUGCAGUAGGUCAUCUGCCAUAAAAUAUCUUUUCAAAUAUAUCACAAAAGGAGUAGACAUGGCGACAAUGAAGAUAGAGAAACAACAAACAUUGGAUCAAAAUAAAGGAGAUAAGGAAUCAUAG